AUGGCGUCCCACAGACAUGUCUCAUUCGCUUCAGAAUUUGAAGAGGCCUCAUCACCCUCUGAGGGAACAAGUUGCUCUGACCCGUCAAGAGACACAAAUUUCGCAAGCCCUAUAGCUCACGCUGCACAUCUUGCCGUGGCUACCUCUUCUCCAUCACGAGAAAUUGCAAUUCCUGAUUUGCUGCCCUCACAAUCAUUUGUCUGCCCACCUGACAGUCAACCUAUCCUUUGUCCAUUACCUCGAUCGGCGCACAAUCCAUACUUCAUGGCUCAAAACGAUCAGGCAGAAGCAACAGCAGCUGCUUCUGCUACUUCUGCCACACGGGACACUGCCAGAUCUGUUCAGAUACCGCAAGCUUUCGCAGGACUAGUUGCACAGCUGCCACUCCCGGUUGAUCGGCCUGCAUUGUCUGAUAUGCCACACUCCCCGAGCUCCAAUGCCCAAACCGAACAGCCGUCAGCAGCCUUCACAAUGGAGGACUUCUCUUCUCCUCCACCUCAACCAUCGUCACAAACCCCUGAUGACUCAGUAACCAUGCCUCCCUUUGUACACUACAUGAGCUCCCACGCUCCAGGUGGACAGUCAUCAGUACUUGAUUACGAUGAAAUUAUCACCAACCCUGUCUAUCCCUCCUCAUUACCACCUGCCAGCACAGCCAGGCUUACAAUGCAACAGCAUAUAACCCCCCACUCUGCCUUUGGGCAGAUGACAAUUUCUUACGACGAAUCUCUUACAACGCCUGCACUCUCACUAGCACCGGGCCUUGCCAGCCAAAGAAGCCAUACUCAGAUGCAAGCUCCACCAGGCUUUGGCCACGGGGGAGGAUACCCACGAGCGGCAUCCUCUAGUACUUCUGGCUUUGGAAACUAUGGUACGCGCCCAGCGACCCGGUCAACCAACCCAAGAGAUCUGCCUACGUGGCGACUUUCACGUCAAUCAGAAUCCAGUUCUGCAUUAGACAGCGCUGCCACAAGAUCAACCCCCUUUCAAUCCCUUCAGCCAUCAACAGCCUCGCAUUCCUCGAACGCCAGCAAUCCUCUUGACAACGUACCGAACAGUACCCCAACGUCCCAGCCCUCGUCCGAAAAUCGAACCCUGACUACGACGUCCAAUUCUUCUACGCCCACACCAUUUGACCUCGUAAAUAGUCAGCACGGAGUUGACCAACUUGAGGUUAACAAGAUGCUUGCAUCAACGUAUGCGGAAACAUAUGCUCAUAGCGUCCACGAUUGGUGUUUGCAUCUGUCGAGGAUAGCUGAUUCGACACCGGUUCCUUCUGUUCACGAUACCAUCCGACUGAUGGGUAUAGACCAGUACAAAAUUGGAAAUCUUAGGAAGAAAUUUGUCUGCCCAACUGUCAGCCAUGACAGAAAGUCAAUCCACGCUGGCCAGGGGGUGUUGAAGUGCUACCUACAAGUGCUUUUUGCAAGGACCAACCUGGUGGCUGCUGUUUCGAAUGUUCCAGGCUUGGUGACCCUUUGUAAACACUUGGCCAAUAACCCUGACUCCCUCGCCCCGCAUGAGUGGAAUGACUGGGAUGUAAUCAUUAAGAUCCAUACAGGGGAAGGGAUUAGGGAGAUCUCAGAAAAGUAUGAAGAGAGAUAA